UAUUAUCCGAACAUAGCCUUUGAGAUUUACCAUGAUUCUUAUACUUGUUUGCAUAGCAGGCAAGACAGACGAAAUCUAUUUUUUUUUAUCAUUCUAAUUUGGUGUUGGGUCCCUGUCGUUGUUGGAUCCAUUGCAUUGCAUUGCAUGAGAUCUUCGUUUAGGUGUGGCAAGUUGCAACAUCGCUCACGCAUGCACACUUCAAUCCCACACACCCUUCUUGAUACCAACUUCUCCGUCAACGCUCCUUCUCUCACACUCCCCGACACCUUCAACCAAGGGAGCCUCAAACACGCUUUUCAAUCCUUAACCCACUUUUUCACUUUUCCAUUCUUAACUCACUCCCAUCUCCGACAUGCUUAUUCACUCGUUCUGGACCUCUGUGCCACGCAGAAAGCUCUAUCACAAGGGCAACAGUUGCAUGCCCGUUUGAUAAAAACUCACGAUUUGUGUUGUUCGGUGUUUCUGUGCACCAAGCUCGUGCAUAUGUACGGAAAGUGUGGCGCUUUCCUUGACGCAGUGGAAGUGUUUGAUAAAAUGAAUGAAAGAACUAUUUUUACCUGGAAUUCUAUGAUGAGUGCGUUUGUGUCUAGUGGUAAAUACUUUGAAGCGCUUCAGUUGUAUAAAGAAAUGAGAGUUCUUGGAGUGCAGCUAGAUGCUUGUACUUUUCUUUCUGUGCUUAAAGCAUGUGGUGCUCUUGGUGAAAGCCACAUGGGGGCUGAAAUCCAUGGUGUUGCUAUUAAGUGGGGAUAUGGAGCAUUUGUGUUUGUGUGUAAUGCACUUAUUGCUAUGUAUGCUAAAUUUGGUGAUCUUGAUGGGGCUAGGGUGUUGUUUGAUGGUAUUAAAUUGGAGAAAGAGGACACUGUGUCGUGGAAUUCUAUUAUUUCGGCACAUGUAGCAGAAGGACAGUGCUUGGAGGCAUUGUCACUCUUUAGAACAAUGCAGGAGGUUGGUGUUGCCAGUGAUUCGUAUGCUUUUGUUGCAGCUCUUCAAGCUUGUGAAGAUCCCACCUUUGUUAAACUGGGAAGGGAGAUACAUUCUGUCAUCUUGAAAUCUAACCAUUUUGCUGAUGUCUAUGUUGCCAAUGUCUUGAUUGCUAUGUAUUCAAAAUGUUGUCGAAUGGAGGAAGCUGAAAGAGCUUUUGCGAGUAUGCUUUGCAAGGAUAAUGUUUCGUGGAAUACAUUGCUUUCUGGUCUAGUCCAAAAUGAGCUGUACAUUGAUGCUCUAAAUUACUUCCGGGAUAUGCAGAAUUCUGGCCAAAAGCCUGACCAGGUGUCAGUGUUAAACAUGAUUGCAACAUCUGGCCGAUUAGGAAAUUUAUUGAAUGGGAUGGAAGUUCAUGCCUAUGCAAUAAGAAAUGGAAUGGAUUCUAAUAUGCAUAUCAGGAACACCCUGAUAGAUAUGUAUGCCAAGUGUUUCUGUGUUAAAUAUAUGGAUCAUGUUUUUGAAUAUGCGCCUAAAAAGGACCUGAUUUCUUGGACAACAAUUAUUGCUGGUUAUGCACAGAAUGAAUGGCAUCUGGAAGCUAUUAAUUUGUUCCGGAAGGUUCAGCUAGAAGCGAUGAAUGUUGAUCCCAUGAUGAUUGGAAGCAUUUUGCUGGCUUGCAGUGGGUUGAAAACUAAAAACUUCAUCAAAGAAAUUCAUGGUUAUGUUUUGAAAAGAGGUUUAGCUGAUAUACUGGUACAAAAUGCCAUUGUCAAUGUAUAUGGAGAGGUUGGGCACCUAGGUUAUGCAAGACGUGUAUUUGAAUCAAUGAAAUCCAAAGAUAUUGUGUCUUGGACAAGCAUGAUUAGUUCUUAUGUUCAUAAUGGACUUGCAAUCGAGGCUCUUGAACUUUUCUAUUCUCUAAAAAAAACUAAUAUUCGACCUGAUUCUAUAACUUUCAUCAGUAUACUCUCUGCUGCUGCUAGUUUAUCUUCAUUGAAGAAAGGGAAGGAGAUUCAUGGAUUUCUGAUCAGGAAGGGUUUCUUCCUGGAGGGACCAAUUGCUUGCUCCCUGGUGGACAUGUAUGCUCGCUGUGGAACUGUGGAGAACUCAAGGAAGAUAUUUAAUUCUGUAAAUCUGAGAGAUCUAAUUUUAUGGACUUCUAUGAUUAAUGCCAAUGGAAUGCACGGAUGGGGAAAUGAGGCCAUUGCUUUAUUCAAGAAAAUGACUGAUGGAAAUAUUAUUCCUGAUCAUAUAACCUUUUUGGCUUUAUUAUAUGCAUGCAGUCAUUCAGGGUUGAUAGUUGAAGGUAAGAGGUAUUUUGAAAUUAUGAAAAAUGAAUAUCAGUUGGAACCCUGGCCAGAGCAUUAUGCCUGUCUGGUUGAUCUCCUUGGCCGUUCCAAUUCCUUGGAAGAGGCUUACUAUUUUGUGAGAAACAUGCCAAUAGAACCUUCUCCUGAAAUCUGGUGUGCCCUUCUUGGGGCUUGCCGCAUUCAUUGUAACAAAGAAUUAGGAGAGCUUGCUGCAAAGAAACUCUUACAAUUAGAUACAGAGAAUUCAGGAAAUUAUGUACUAAUAGCAAACAUCUUUGCAGCAGAUGGAAGAUGGAAUGAUGUUGAAGAAGUGAGGUUGAGAAUGAAGGGAAAUGGGUUGAAGAAGAAACCAGGAUGCAGUUGGAUUGAAGUUGAGAAUAAGAUUCACACCUUCAUAGCAAGGGAUAAGUCUCAUCCACAGUCUGAUGACAUUUAUUUAAAAUUAGGUCAGUUUACAAAACUUUUGGAGAAAAAAGGAGGCUAUAGAGUUCAAACUAGGUUUGUAUUCCACAAUGUUAAUGAAGAAGAGAAAAUGCAGAUGCUACAUGGACAUAGUGAAAGGUUAGCACUUGGGUAUGGUUUGCUUGUUACCCCAAAGGGUACUUCUAUUCGGAUUACAAAGAACCUUCGAAUUUGUGAUGAUUGUCAUACAUUCUUUAAGAUUGCAUCAGAAGUCUCUCAACGAAAUCUUGUUGUAAGGGAUGCCAGCAGGUUCCAUCAUUUUGAAAGAGGACUCUGUUCAUGUAGAGAUUUCUGGUGAAUACUUUGAUUUUUAUGUGAAAAUAGCAUUUUGAAAGAGUAGGUUAUAGCACACUCCUGUGGUUCCUCUCCCUGUUGCUGAUGGUCACUAAAAUUGGUCCUUCAAAGUUUUACUGUCUCUUCAUGACAUCUCAGUCACCAGAGUAUGGGAACCAGUAUAGAAUAGGAUAAUGGAGCCUGAGAUUAUCCGGUUGAUAGAAUUGACUUAGUUAAAAACAGUUCCUUAAGUGCUGUUUACCAUCACAAUUAUAGUUGUAUCUUAGCAAUAAUAUUUAAAUGCAAGAUGGGUCAAUCUUCUGCCUGUUUACUGGCUAGUCAACAAGAACUGAGAUGUUCAAUAAGAACUU